AUGCGAGCACAGCAGAAAAAGACUCAGGAACAGGUGGAAGCCCUAGCACGAGAAGACGAUGAAGAUCCGUCAAGUCCCACCGACGGAACAACCCCCCGUCCUGCGCACUUCAGGCGACUUACCACCCAAGAGCUCGAACGGGUGAAUCGUCGCCUCGACGAGGUCGAUUCGAAAGUUCAUCGCGCCACCAGCUCAGCUCCGGAAUUGACGAAAGCACUCGCCGACACCCGAAGAAGCCCGCUCACCCGCAGGCUCCGCCAGAUUGAGCUACACGAAAGAGUUCGACUCAAAAUCGACUCUUACACCGGCGAAGAAGACCCCAAGAAGUGGCUAACCGCGUUCAACCUCGCCAUGAGGAGGGAGAAAUACAAAUCUUACGAUGAAAGGGAGGCCAACUACUGUCAAGUAUUCGUCGAGCACAUGGCGAAAGAUGCCUUGACCUGGUUCUCUAACCUCCCCGCCGAGUCGAUCGAUAACUUCGACGACCUAACCAAUGCUUUUCUGAAGCAUUACUCCAUGCACAUGACCCGAAUCACUCGGAACAUGUUCACCACAACGCAAACCCAAGGCGAACCAUUGCGCAGCUUUAUGGAAAGGUUCAAACAAGCAGCUCGCGAUAGCGAUCCCGCUGGAAGCACUCCGCAACGGCCUCUGGAAGACCAGCGCUUCUACGCCGAGAAACAUGGAGAUAGGAGGGCAACCUCGACGAAACCCAGAGAGGAACCCAUGGAGGCGCGAAGAAGACACGAUCCGAAGAGGUCUCUCCUCACAGCGUUCGCAGCAGCCGACGACGAGUUCGAGCAAGAACACGCAGCGGCCGUUUCGAUGCCACAAGACAUCAACUCGCUCGGAGAUGACAACGAUACCAAAGCUUUCUGCAAGUUCCACGGGAGAACUGGCCACGCCACUGAAAACUGCAAACACCUAAUGAGCAACCUCAUGCGCAUGUACCAUCGAGGAGAAAUCCCGCCAAUGGACGGUGAUAGGUCCCAAGGAAAAAGCUUCCCGCCGAAACCACCAAAAUCUGGGCAGCAGGAGAAGCGCGGACGACAACCCCGUCCGAGGAAGGAUGCAGAAAAGGCGGAAGCCCCGCUUGGGAAAAGGAAUCGUGACGACCACGACGACCUACCUCCCCCACCGAAGCGACAAGUCAGCAUGAUCAUGGGAGGCUUCCUGGAUAACGACGAUUCCAUAUCGGCGAUCAAGGAAUACGAACGAAAGGCCGUCGCGGCACAACGCUACCCGUAUAUCCAUAAAGGAAUCCCUACUAUCUCCUUUACGGAUAAGGAUGCGAGCGGACUGGACAUCCGUCACCAUGACGACGACGAGUUCGAGCAAGAACACGCAGCGGCCGUUUCAAUGCCACAAGACAUCAACUCGCUCGGAGAUGACGACGAUACCAAAGCUUUCUGCAAGUUCCACGGGAGAACUGGCCACGCCACUGAAAACUGCAACACCUAA